CUUUUAAUGUUCAUGAUAUGUGGCAACUCCAGUCCCUGCACACAUCUGUUUCAUUCGCGCCAAAAGAAGUAAACAAAUUAAAAAGCAGCGCGAGAUGUCAACGUUAGUAGCACAAUUAAUUUCAAAAAUGGGUCUAAAUGACGAACCAAAUGUAUUAGAAAAGACAACUGAGCUGCUGCGGUUGGUGGAGUUGCGUUCGACAAAUGUUCCACUGCAAAUCAAUGAAUAUGGGAAAAUUGUUUUGUGUGCGGAUCUCGCAUCCACCCUGCUGGACAUUGGUUUCGACAAAGAGCAGGCACUUAAGCUAUCCGGAUUGCGUAAAAGCCAUUAUGUCAACAACAAGCGCAUGUUUGAGAAAUUGCUGGAUCUCAACAAGCUGCCGAGUGUGAAUGAUAUUUGUGUGCAGCUCAGUCUCAACGAGGUUGCUAGAAAAUCGGAGGAACUCUUAACGUUGUUCAAGGAUAUUGCCAGCAACACGAUGCAGGAUGCAGAUCAUCCACAAUAUGCCGCCAUGGCUGUGUUUCAGGCAUGUCGUUUGCUCAAAAAGAAAGUGGCGAAAACAAAAAUUAUGCCAUUCAGCAAUUUACGCCCCACGCAGUGGCAACAGCUCGAACAUCAAUGGGAGCUCAUGAUUGAGAAACAUUACAAGGAAAUCAAUGUGGCCACCAGAUUGAAUGAUCAAGCUGAGGUGCUUCAGGAGAAAAACAACAUUGAAAAGAAGUGCCAAAUGCAUAAACCCGAAAUUGAAGAUUACGAAAAAUGGAAAUCUCGUAUGCUUGCGACAGCUGAGGCAAAAUUAAAACAAUUGGAAAGUGAGAGUGGCAGUCAGACAUCUUUAUAAGGGUUCAUAUAGUCUUCAUAAUAAUAGUCAUUUAUAACAAAUAUUAGUAAUUACUAUUUCCUUAACAAAUGUAGUUAGAUCAACGAACUUUUAUUUAGAAAGUGCGCAUGAAUCACUUUGCCUACAUCUUUGCGAGCUGAAAAAUAGGUUUUAUUAUUAUACACUUCAGAACAAAUAUGAUUAUUAUAUAGUACUAACAAUCGUAAACAAUCAUCUCCACUUCAUCUUCAGUUUCCGGCCAGCCUUUGACAAGCUCCCGUAAGUGUUUAGCAAAUUUUAGCCAGAUUUCGCGUUUCAUUUCCCUCAUUUGCUUUGUCGUAGAAGUUUGAGAGUUCAUCGCAUCAAAGAAUGACAACAUUGGUGUGGCACCUUCUAUGGCAAAAUAAUAUAUUUUACCAUUUAUUGACUGUGUCAGUCUAUAGACUGCAUGUUUGAACGGUCGAUUGACGCCAGCGCGGUUUAUAAAUCGGGUCUCCAAAGGCUAAGGGUAGAAAUAAUACGUUAUAACAGUCUUGCGGAUCGGGAAAGGAAAAACUUGGUUCUGAAUGUUGCUUUUACUCUCGAGUGGCAUGUUUUAAACUGGUAUUUUAUGUUAUCCUAUACUUACCGCGACCUGUUCUAACAAGGGACUUUCUAUUACACCCUUAACGAACAUAUUAUCUGGUAUAAGUAUGAUCAAACGAUUUAUGCCAAAGGUGACUUGGUGGGUGUCCUCAUAGAUUUGCAUGCGUUUUUUCAGUCCAUCGCCGUUGUGCUCGGGUAGCGCAAUUUUCAAAUAGCCAUGGAAAUAAUUCGAUGCCAUGCCAGCAGCAUAAUCCAAACCGUGUGGUUCUCUUAUCCACUGUGCAUAGUCCAACGGACUGUGAGUCACUUGGCUCCAAGUGAAGAUCCAAUAGAGCGGCAUACAGGCGAAGUAAACUGAGUUUGGCAACAAAUUCGCCACAUUUCCGGUGAAACCGAAUCGUGCAAAUCCCGAUAAUGCCAAUGUUAAUGCUAAAAUUUUCGUUUUAGUAUUGUAUGUGUAAACACGUUCACAGAUUGUGCUUAGCUUAUUUUCAGGCAAGUAAUACUUUUCAUUUACAAAGUAUUCGAUUAUCAUAUUGCACAAACGACCAACGAAAUUUGCGCAAAAAACUACAAGGCAAAUGCGUAUGCAGAGAUC